GUACCCUUUCAAAGGCCGUUGAACACGCCCUGGGAUGAGUCGCAGCAAAAAUCGGUCGAGGAGCCAUAUUGAAAAAUCGUAUUUCCAAGUCAAAUUAUACAGACAUACGGAGUAUUGCAAACAAAGUACAACAAAGUUCAACGGGAUUUAAAAUCUCACAGGGGGGAGGGAGCAGCAGACAAGAUACAUAUAUAUACACUCGAGAUCUCGGACCAUCGCCCGGGGGAAAAGCAAGGAGGGCGCCUCCCAGUACCUGAACCUGAACACUGCCCUCGUUCCAAUGCAGCCACGUCCUUGGAAUUACCCCCCCGAGGGACCGAAACCUUGCCGCUUUUCUGGAUCAAUUCCCCAGGCGGCUGGCUUAAGCGUUCGCAAGAUCACCACUCACAUGCCCGCAACGGAACGGAAGCCUCGCGAUCAAAAGGGCCAGCUCGCAAGCCCGUCCAAUCGCCCGAGCCACUCGUAUGGGGCCCGGUCCACCCGUACCUUACGGAGAAGCCCUACAAGGCCUGUCGCCAUUCACCCCCUUGGCUACCGUUUCGAGGCCAGCCUUGACUUCUGCGACGUCAUGGUUUCUUCACUGGAAAAAAAAGCCAUGGGUCCAAAGGGCCGAGGGGACUCUUGGGCAGCUGAACCACCAAUGGCUUUUGAGUGGGUUUCUGUGGCGCUAGGUUGGCCCCCCGGUUCCUUUUCUUUUUGGCUGGCUGCAAGUCAUUCCAAGCGAGGGCACCAUUGAUAACGGGAAGAAGGGUGGGAAAGGAAAAGGACUCGUUGGGGGAAGAAAGACGGCACUUAGCAGCGAGCUCAAGUAUGGAGGUUGGACGU